CUGCCAGAGCUGCAGCUAUCUGCAGAUCUCUGAAGAUGGAGGUUGGAGACGAUUGGGUGAUCUGUUACCCAGAAUACCCCAAUAUUUCUUGCUGGAGCCCACCGUCUACUUGGGCUGAAACGUUGUUCAUUAACAUUACACUGUACUCCAUCUCUGUGCUCACUGCGGUCCUCAAUCUGCUCAUCAUCAUCUCAGUCUCCGUAUUCAGGCAGCUCCACACACCCACCAACAUCCUCCUCCUCUCUCUGGCUGUCUCAGAUUUUCUUGUGGGCCUCCUGGUGAUGCCAGUAGAUGCACUACAAAGAACACAGUGCUGGUUGUUUGGUGACCUUUUCUGUUCUCUUUUUAGGUUUGUGUCCUACAUAAUUUCCUCUGCCUCAGUCAUAAACAUGGUACUCAUAUCAGUUGAUCGCUAUGUGGCCAUUUGUGACCCUCUGCAUUACACAACCAGAAUCACUGUGAAUAGAGUUAAAGUUUGUGUUUGUCUUGUAUGGUUCUGUACAGUUGUCUUCAAUAGUGUUCACUUUAAUUUACAUCUUAGUCAACAACAAGAAAACAAUGAUCCCUGCUAUGGACUUUGUCCAGCUGUAUCAGAUAACACUGCUGCUGAUCUUCAACUUGUUUUACAUUUUAUUGUUCCUGUUUCUACCAUUGUAGUUUUAUAUACAAGAAUCUUUGUUGUGGCUGUGUCUCAAGCUCGUGCGAUGCGCUCUCACAUUACAACUGUCACAAAGCAGAUUUCGGUGACUAAAACAGCAAAGAAAUCUGAGCUAAAAGCAGCCAGGACUCUUGGUGUUUUGGUAGUUGUGUUUCUAAUGUGUUUCACGCCAACUUACUUUGUAAGUAUGGGAGGAUAUGACUCCAUGAGUUAUUCAACACUGUACUUUAUUGUUUAUCUUUACAAUUUCAACUCUUGUCUAAACCCUGUGAUUUAUGCCUUGUUUUACCCCUGGUUCAGAAAAACAGUUAAACUCAUUGUUAGUCUUCAGAUACUGCAGCCUGGCUCCUGUGAGGCCAACAUACUGUAG